AUGGCCAAUUUAUUUUUGGACGAGUAUGAACAUUGUGAUACUAGAAUAAUGUAUUCUUCACAGAAUAUUCCAGGUCCGGGCGCCGAUUUAGACAGUUUCAAUUGUCAGAUCGCGUUGAAAUGCGCGUGUUCUGCAAAAUGUAGUGAGGGUUGUGCAUGUUUAGUUGAUUCUGGUGUCAAUUAUGAUAGUUGCGGUAGGCUUUUGGGUGAAAAAUUCUCCAUGAAUUCGGCGGGUGUGAUCGAAUGUGGUACGGAGUGUAAUUGUGGUGAAACUUGUGGUAAUAGAGUUGUACAGCGUGGACCAGUUAGUGGUUUAGAGGUGGUUGCCGUAGGUGGUAAGGGUCUGGGUUUGAUGCGAAAUCAAGAUCUGAGAAGAGGUGACUUCAUUUGUGAAUAUGCUGGUGAAGUAAUUGGGAAGAGUGAGGCCAAAAUGCGAGCCAACAAGUCGGGAACUGAUGCUAUGAACUAUAUUUUUGUACUAGAAGAGCACAGUGGGCAGAAUGUUGUCGAAACAUUUGUCGAUCCCACCUGUAUUGGAAACAUUGGACGGUAUAUUAACCAUUCGUGCAAUCCGAACGCGGCGAUUGUUCCAGUGAGGUUUGAUUCGCUUGAGCCGCACUUGGCCAUAUUCGCCCUCACCGACAUUGGCAGCGGCUGCGAGAUUACCUACAGCUAUUCACAAGGAGAGCAUAGUUAUGGUAAGAUUCCAUGUUUGUGCGCUGAAGAUAAUUGUAACAAGUUUAUUCCAUUCAAUCCUAAUCUUUUUUAA